AUGCCGCGCUCAUUGAAACGAGGCCGUGAUAUGACGGGUGCCGAUGCGAAUGAGCCCAAAAGCCAUCGGCCGAAGAAGAUCCAACGAAAGGUAUCCGCCGAGUCAUUCAAGAAACACGCAAAGAGCAUUAUGCCGGAUCGGGAAGAGUCCAAGAAGCAGCAAAACUCAGAAGGCCAGGCCGAACCGGAAGAGGAUGAGAGCAUUUGGAAAGAGAUGGAGAAAGCAAUGAACGAAGCAGCCCCCGGUGUCGAAUUCCCUGAUAGUAACGCCAAUGCCGCCAAGCAUACAACAAUCGUCGACGAGGAAUUAGCAGAUGCCGACAACCCAAUCCUCCCCGCCAAUCUCCACGAAAAAAUCCGCAUCUCUACCCACCCGCUCCGACCUGGCGACGCUGAGUAUGACUUCGACCAGCUGGCCCUCGCCCUCCGUAACACCGGAAACCCUCUCGGCGCUACACAGCUUACUCGUCUCAACGCGUCUGCUCGUCUCGAGGAUGCUCGAAAGGAACAUGCUCCUCGAAACGAGAUCUGUCGAGACUUUGUCGCUGCUCUUCGGAGUUCAGAGGGUCCGAAUUGGCCGGAGACUUCUGGAGCUCGGAGGGUUAGGAGGGUUCAGAUUUUUGUGGAGGAUUUCGAUGCUAAGGGAGAGGAAUUGGGGGAGGCUAGGAAGGGGUAUGUUUAUGUUGCUACGAUUAAGGAACGCUUCUGA